AUGAUAUCCUUCUGGUGCUUAUUCCUUGAAACUAUUGAGCUUGAUGAGAUCAAAGAUUCUCUGAUAGGUUUGCCGGGAGUUAGUGGCUUAUCGACUGAGCAACGAAAACGGCUGACCAUAGCUGUUGAGCAUGUUGCAAACCCUUCCAUCAUAUUCUUGGAUGAACCCAGUUCAGGUUUAGAUGCAAGAGCAGCUGCAAUUGUUAUGAGAGCAGUGAAGAAUGCUGUUCAAACAGGAAGAACAGUUGUUUGCACCAUCCACCAACCAAGCAUAGACAUCUUUGAGGCAUUUGAUGAUUUGAUUUUAAUGAAAUCUGGAGGACGAAUUAUCUAUUGCGGGCCACUGGAUCUGCACUCAAGUAAGGUUAUUCAGUACUUUGAGAAUAUCAGUGGGGUGCCCAAGAUUAAGGACAAUUAUAAUUCAGCAACGUGGAUGUUAGAGGUUACUUCUAAGUCUGUGGAAGCUGAACUUCAGGUUGAUUUUGCACAAAUAUAUAACGAGUCCACCUUAUCUCAGGAGAACAAAGAGUUGGUUAGGAGAUUGAGUUCGCCUUCUGGUUCAAAGGACUUGCAUUUUCCUACCCGUUUUCCACAGAAUAGUUGGGGGCAGUUCAAAGCAUGCUAUUGGAAACUGCAUUUGUCUUACUGGAGAAGUCCUUCUUACAACUUGGCACGCAUCCUUUUCGUAACUGCUUUAUCUCUGCUGAGUGGCAUCUGUUUUGGCAGCAAGGAAAGAAAAUGUUAGUCAAUUCAAUCUUAUUGAUGUUGGCAUAUGAAUAAUCAGCUGGUAGCUUGUGCUAAGUGUCAGCUGCACUGUU